GGGGACAGGUCGGUUUUUCCUUUAGUUAAUCAGUUUGUCAUCUAAUUCUUACCUCAGUCGCUCAUUACAUACAUAUAUUAACCAUGUUUCUUACACUUCUUGCUUGCCUUACCUCUACUGCUGUGGCUGGAUCUUUGAUCCCGAGAGCUGGAACCAGUGUCACCAUCUCCAAUGGGACAGUAUUUGGCUCAAGUUCAGGGGGGGUUGAGUCUUUCAUGGGAAUUCCGUAUGCGCAACCUCCGACAGGAUCAUUACGUCUCAAACCACCCAAGCCACUGGCCACAUCAUUCGGAACCAUCGACGCCAUUGGAGUUCCCCAAGCCUGCCCUCAGUUCCUGGGCCAGCUUCAUGCCGAAAACCUUCCUCUUGAGGUUUUGGGUCUCCUCACUUCGACCCCGAUCUUCGCGGAUCUUUCUAGCGUUGCCGGUGAAGAUUGCUUGACUAUUAAUGUUCAGAGGCCAGAAGGGACUUCAUAUAAUGCUGAACUCCCAGUUGUAAUUUGGAUUCAUGGAGGUGGUUUUGAAAUUGGUGCAACCCAAGUUUAUGAUGGGUCGAUCUUUGUCAACCAGUCCAUCAGCAUGAAUAAUCCCGUUAUUUACGUGGCCAUGAAUUAUCGCCUUGGUGGAUUUGGUUUCCUCGCUGGAAGCCAAGUGAAGGCCGAUGGAAGCGCAAAUCUUGGCCUCCGUGACCAAAGGCUUGCGAUCCAAUGGGUUCAGGAUAACAUUGGGGCAUUCGGUGGUGAUCCAACCAAAGUCACACUAUGGGGUGAAUCCGCAGGAGCUUUGUCCGUUCUUGACCAUACCAUCAUCAACGGAGGCGAUAUUAGCUACAAUGGAAAGCCACUUUUCCGCGCCGCUAUCAUGCAAUCCGGUUCGGUUUGGCCAGCACUCCCUGUGGAUAGUGAUAAAUCCCAGGCAAUUUUCGAUCAAGUUGUCGAAAGUGCUGGGUGCGCUAAUGCUGCGGACAGCCUGGCUUGUCUGCGUGGAUUGUCAUACGAUGACUUCCUCAGCGCCGUAACUUCGGUUCCAAACUUCGUUGACUCCAGCAGUGUCAACCUUUCCUACCUUCCCAGGCCUGAUCCAAGUGACGAUUUCUUCCCGGUGUCUCCAGAGACUGCCAUCCGAUCUGGCGCUUACGCCAAAGUCCCGCUCAUCAUUGGAGACGUGAAAGAUGAAGGAACACUAUUUUCUCUUCCGCAAACGGAUCUUUCAACAACGCAGCAACUCAUUUCCUAUUUGAAGAGUUACUUUCCUCUUGCCUCGACCCUCCAGGUUGCUGGUCUUGCCGCAAUAUAUCCGGAUGAACCAGAGGAUGGGUCCCCAUAUGAUACCGGCUCUGCCAACCAAAUCUAUCCCCAAUUCAAGCGCCUGGCGUCCAUCAUCGGCGAUCUCUUUUUCGAUUUGGCUCGAAGGUCAUAUCUCACUAGUGUUUCCUACACCGUCAAGACUUGGACCUAUCUCGACACCAGCCUGUAUGGGUUGCCUGUUUUGGGCACUUUCCAUGUGUCGGACUUGUUCCAAAUUUUCUUCGACGUUCCAGACGCGGUGGCAGGAUCCAACAUGCGAAAAUACUUCAUCUCUUUCAUCAACACGUUAGAUCCGAACUCUUACAACAGCGCCACCGGUCUCACCUCCUGGCCCCAGUACUCCUUGAUUCUCCCGAAGAUGAUGAACUUCUCGGCAACGACUACGUCCCUUACAUGGGACACGUAUAGGCCAAUUAACUUUUUAUAUAUCACUACACAGCUAUCAAGCUUCAGGUUAUAAAGGCUCUGUUGUGGCCGGCAGAAAACAUUGGAAUUGAGUCAAUUUGCAGACGAAGAACCCGGUGGUGUGUCUUAACCGGACAAACUGUAUUAUUAUUUGAUCUCUAACUAUUCUUCGUCCUAUGCAUAUUGAUACGAUGAACCGCGUUUCUUUGAUCCCCAGUUCUCGACCGCCGUAUAUUAGAGUUCGCCCUUUUUUU